UUUGACUUCCGUGUCCCGUGAUACCGCUCCACUUGAAAACUCAGAACUCAGGAACUUUACUUCCUCAGCCCUUCUGUCGUUGAUAAACAAACAAGCUAACUAACAGAACGGAUGGAUAUAAAAUAAAAUUAGACUGAUCAUGUCUUUGCUCAGACUUAUCUGCUUGUUUACGCUGUCAUUUGUACAACCGCUCUGGGCAGCACCUUCAUUCAGCCUGGACUAUAACGCCGACUGCUUCCGUAAAGAUGGGGAAAGGUUCCGUUUCAUUUCAGGAAGCAUCCACUACAGCAGGAUCCCCAGAGUCUACUGGAAAGACCGACUGCUGAAGAUGUACAUGGCAGGACUGAACACCAUCCAGACGUACAUUCCCUGGAACUACCACGAAGAAUCCCCUGGCAUGUACAAUUUUAGUGGAGACCGGGACGUGGAAUACUUCCUAAAACUGGCGCAGGACAUCGGUUUGCUGGUGAUCCUUCGGCCAGGUCCCUAUAUUUGUGCAGAGUGGGAGAUGGGCGGCCUGCCAGCCUGGCUGCUCAGUAAGAAAGACAUUGUGCUGCGAUCUUCUGAUCCAGAUUACGUGGCGGCGGUGGAUAAUUGGAUGGGGAAGUUGUUGCCCAUGAUGCAGCCUUACCUCUACCAGAACGGCGGUCCCAUCAUCACUGUUCAGGUGGAGAAUGAAUAUGGCAGUUACUUUGCCUGUGACUACAACUACAUGCGCCACCUGACCAAACUGUUCCGCUCUCACCUGGGGGAGGAUGUGGUUCUGUUCACCACAGACGGUGCUGGCCUCAACUACCUGAAGUGUGGCGCCAUACAAGGCCUGUAUGCCACUGUGGACUUUGGUCCAGGUUCAAAUAUAACAGCAGCCUUUGGUGCACAGCGCCACGCUGAACCCCAUGGACCAUUGGUCAACUCUGAGUUCUACACCGGAUGGUUGGACCAUUGGGGAUCUCAACACUCUGUUGUAUCUCCAGAUUUGGUGGCUAAGUCCCUCAACCAGCAGCUGGCAAUGGGAGCAAAUGUCAACAUGUACAUGUUCAUAGGAGGAACAAACGUUGGGUAUUGGAAUGGUGCUAACUCGCCUUAUAGCGCACAGCCCACAAGCUACGACUACGACGCCCCUCUGACGGAGGCGGGCGACCUGACAGAAAAAUACUUCGCCAUCCGAGAGGUCAUCAAAAUGUAUCGAAAAAUCCCAGAGGGACCAGUUCCACCAUCGACCCCCAAAUACGCAUACGGGGCCGUCACCAUGAAGAAGCUGCAGACAGUAGUGGACGCUCUGGAAAUCUUGUCUUUCUCUGGUCCUGUCAAAAGCACACAUCCUCAGACUUUCAUCGAUUUAAAUCAGGCUUAUGGGUAUGUUCUGUACAGAACUACACUGCCUGUAGACUGCAGUGAGCCCACCCCCUUGUCGUCCCCUCUGAAUGGGGUUCAUGACCGGGCGUAUGUUUCAGUGGAUGGGGUGGCUGUUGGAAUCCUUGAAAGGAACAAAGUCAUAAGCAUCAAUGUGACCGGGAAGGCGGGCAGUCAGCUGGACCUGCUGGUGGAGAACAUGGGCCGGAUCAACUACGGGAAAGGAAUCAAUGACUUCAAGGGUUUGGUGUCCAACCUGACCUUGGGGAAGGACACACUCACUGGCUGGACCAUGUACAGUCUCAGCAUAGAUGAUGCUGUCAGCCAGGGCCGUCUUGGAGAAACAUCUUCUGCGAGGGCAGAUCCUCCUCAGCCGGGUUCUCUAUCCACACCAGCCUUCUAUGGAGGAAGCUUUAUAAUUCCAGACGGCAUCCCAGACCUCCCUCAAGACACUUACAUCAAGCUGCCCAACUGGAGGAAGGGCCAGAUCUGGAUUAACGGUGUCAAUUUGGGGCGUUACUGGCCGGCUCGAGGGCCUCAGAUGACUCUAUUUGUGCCGGUCAACCUCCUCACCACAGCUGCACCCAAUAAUGUGACCGUCCUGGAGCUCGAAGGAACUCCCUGCAAUACCCAGCCGUGCACUGUGGAGUUCACGACCACUCCCAUCCUUAAUGCCACAGUCCAGUCGGAGUAUGAACAGCACAGGAGACUCUUUGCAAAGGAAGAUUUACUGUGAUAACAAGGGAAUUCUGGCGCACAAACCAACUCAGUUUGCACUAAACCUGUUUGUAAGCUUAAA